UGCCAAACAACAUCCCAAGGAAUAGCCUCCCCGCCUCACUCGCUGUGUCCGCACGCGCAGCCUAAAUGCCGGCUGCCUCAUCUUCCCAGCACCCGGCCCCAGCGCCCUCAUCGCCGGCCCUGAUUCCCAGCUCGUCCCCACCUGCCGCCACCUUGUCCUCGCCGCCCUCGUUGGCUCACGGCCACAGCCACAGCCACAACAGUGCCAACACCACCACCGCCAGCGCCAGCACCAGCCGGAGCAGCCGCCUGCUGGGCCUCAACUCAUAUCUCAAGAAGAAGAGCCUGACCCUGACGCGCGAUCACAACAACCACAACCACCACAGCAUCGACCACGCCAACCCCGCCCACCCCGUCGUCGUCAGGCCCCGACCCCAGAACGACCCGACACCGACACCACAACAAACGUCGCCCCAUCAUACCCACUCGCAAUCUGCGCAUCCAGGACAGUCCGGCGACGCCACUACCACCGCCGCCACCCACAACAGCAACAAUAACAACAGUCCCGCCGACGCUAGCACCGCCGACGCCGCGCCAAUUCACAUCAUCGCUCGCCGUCCCGUCGCCAGCCUCUUCCGGACCGUCAGCUCAUCGUCGCCUAAUUCUCGCGCAGUCGCCACCGCCACACCUUCGGCCACCUCAGCCUCCGGCUCGCCGUCCAUCUUCCCCGCGUCCUGGUCCCGGUCGCGUAGCACCAGCCCGUUGUCGUCUCAGGGGCCCGCCCCCGCGUCUGCUCUCCCGUCGCCUGACGCUGCCCUCUUCCCACACGCCCCGUCGCAGUCUGCGCCGACGCUCGCAGCCCAGCCGUCCGCCGCCGCUGCCACGCCGCAGCCGCCGCAGCCCCUCGCCCACGUACCCACUUCGCUCGAGAGCCUCGCCGUGGUAGAGCCGGACCGAGGCAUCGGCGCUGGCCCCAUGACCCGGACGCGCGCUGCUACCGCCUCCGAGGCGUCUGUCCUGGCCCAGGGCGGUGGGCCGGGCUCCGAAGCCAUGCCCUCGAUCCGCUUCUCGACCUUCUACGACCCCCGCGCCACCCGUCCGUCCCUCACCUUCAGCCCCGUUUCCAGGACCCUGCCCACCGGGACUGAGGUCAUCCGUGUCGGUCGUUAUUCCGAGCGCGAUGCCCAGCCCAACGUGCCUGUCAACGUGCCCUCGGCCGCUCCCGUCGGCUUCAAGUCCAAGGUCGUCAGUCGGAGACACUGCGAGUUCUGGCACGAGGGUGGAAAGUGGUACAUCAAGGACGUCAAGAGCUCGUCCGGCACCUUUCUCAACCACAUCAGGCUGAGUCCUCCUGGCACCGAAUCGAAACCGUUCCCCAUCAACGACGGCGACAUUGUCCAGCUUGGCAUCGACUUCAAAGGUGGCGAGGAGAUGAUCUUUCGAUGCGUUAAGAUGCGCCUGGAGCUGAACCGUGGGUGGCAGAGCAAGCUCAAUGCCUUCAACAUGAACACACACAAGAGGCUACGUAACAUGACCAAAUCUGGCGAUGGCAGCGCUUCGAGCCAGACCUCACAGGACUGCUCAAUAUGUCUCAACUCGAUCGCGCCCUGCCAGUGCUUGUUUGUAGCCCCUUGCUCCCACACGUGGCACUACAAGUGCAUCCGGAGCCUGCUCGCGUCCCCACAGUACCCCAUCUUCAUCUGUCCAAACUGCCGCGCCGCCGCCGACCUGGAAGCUGAAGUCGAAGACCCGGAGGAAUGGGAGCAAAUGGACUCAGACUUGGACGAGAGCGCUCUUGCCGGACACGAGGCCAAUGGGGAAGGAACAUUGACCGCUGCAGCCGCCAAUGCCAUCGCGAUGACAUCGGCGUCAGCGGCCCUGCCAGCUUCGGCGCCGGCGCCGGCCCCUCCGGCGGUGACUGUGGCUGAAACCGACGUGAGCGUGACUCCGGUUCCGCCUUCAUCGACGGACACGACAACUCCGUCAUCCCCACAAACGCAGCCCUCUCACGCAACUUCGACCCCGCUUCCGAUCCCUCGUAUGCCAUCGAGUGCCUCGUCUCGUCGCCUGGCUGCUCAGGGGGCCACGUCUGGUGUGACCUUGGACGCCGACCCCUCGCGGUCGGGCUCCGAGGAGCGCGAUACACGAACGCCGUCCCCGACACCCCACCCUCCCGCGCUGCUCAAUGCCGUCGAAGGGCCCAUCACGCCAAGGAACGACGCUGGGCCAUGGGUGUUUGACGGCAGCGGAGUCCGUAUGAGGGCGGGCCCACCUACGACAGCCGCAGCCAGCACCACGGUGGCCGGGGCGCCGGGACGCAAUGCAGCACCCCAGUUGACUAGUCUAGACGACAUCGCAAGGGCAUGAGGGUCGCUCUACAAAUCAAACUGAUUCGCUAUCAGAUCUACGUUUAAUGCGGAAGACGCCAAGCGGACGGUGGCCACACACAGCAAGGGAGAAGGUGCUUUUUUGCGGGCGCGUCUCGCUGGGGGAGUUUGGGUUAUGGUUUGCACCCUUGAGACUAGACGACCCGACCAGUUCCCCCGCAGCCUCGCCACAUAUGUACCCGCCAGCUAGCUGGAAAACAUGUUUCCCAGCAUUCCACUUUCUGGCGGAGCAUGGGCGUUUGUGCAUGCCGGGCCACGGCUGCUCAGGCCCGGCUGCCGUCGCCAACCUCGAUUGGGAUCUAUCGCUUGCCCCCUUGUUGUGUUGACCCUCUUGUUUAUCUCGUCCUAUUGUCUCCCCAUACCUCUUAGUUUCUUCCUCCCCGCGACAUAUUCCCUCCUGUGCGUCUCUAUUCUAUUGUCAUUAAUGGUGAGGUUGUUGACCACUCUCUUUCCUAGCCUCCUGAUUCCUGUCUGAAGCAUUUUUGAGAGGCUCCGGAGGUGGUGCCAGCGUUUCGACUGCUGUUUGGGAGGUCUGUUUUUGGACAGCUUUUGCAUCAUGGCGUUCUCGUUCCUUUUGCCUCUCUGUCUCUGAAUAUCUCUGUCUCUGCUACUAGUGAGCCCAACAAGCGCGUUUUUUCUUGCCUCGCCCGCCCGGUCCCGGGCCACGCUUUCGCAAGCUCACCAGCAUGGGCUGGCGCGCGCUCAUGUGUGGUGGUCGCUUGUGUGUCGUGCUGUCCAAAACCACCCGCCCGCCUCGUUGCUCACUACCGUCAAAAUUACCUAGGUAGUCUCGCUCAACGCGCUGCAGCCGCUCAUCCCCCUGCGUACACAGCAAGCUUUUGGAAAUCUGUCUCGUUUUUUUUUUUUGUGGUCGCCAUUGCAUAGUAAUGAUAAUCACUAGCGCACGUAGCAACAAAGCCAACAAAGCGCCUGCGUCGCAUUGAUUGGCUGCGGUGAUGCCCGGGAAGUCACGGGCAGGGUCCGUCCUUGGGACGGCAGGCCGAAUCAUCCUUUAUCCCUGACGGCCGCGUCUUGGUAGCUUAUCCUGGACAACGCAUCCGCGUCAUGGCCGGAGGACAAGAAAAAUAGAGAGAAAAAAAAAAAAGGCUUAACCAAA